AUGGCAGGGGCAGCCUCUGCUCUGUUCCUCCUGGACAUCAAAGGCCGCGUCCUCAUCUGGCGCGACUACCGAGGCGACGUAUCAGCCCUCGACGCCGAACGCUUCUUCACCAAGCUCAUCGAGAAACAGGCGGAUCCGCAGUCUCAAGAUCCGGUCGUGCUCGACAACGGUGUGACCUACAUAUUCAUUCAGCACAGCAACGUCUACGUCAUGAUAGCCACCAGACAGAAUUGCAAUGCCGCUAGCCUCCUCUUCUUCCUGCACCGAAUCGUCGAUGUGUUUAAGCACUACUUCGAAGAAUUGGAAGAGGAAUCGCUUAGGGACAACUUCGUCGUCGUGUAUGAGCUACUUGAUGAGAUUAUGGACUUUGGCUAUCCUCAGUACACUGAGGCCCAGAUUCUUAGUGAGUUUAUCAAGACUGAUGCUUAUAGAAUGGAAGUUACGCAGAGACCUCCCAUGGCUGUGACUAAUGCUGUGUCUUGGCGCAGCGAAGGCAUAAGCUAUAAGAAAAACGAGGUUUUCUUGGAUGUGGUGGAGAAUGUUAAUAUACUUGUCAAUAGCAAUGGGCAAAUAAUUAGAUCUGAUGUUGUUGGGGCGUUGAAGAUGAGAACGUAUUUGAGUGGUAUGCCUGAGUGCAAACUUGGCUUAAAUGAUAGAGUAUUGUUAGAGGCACAAGGUAGAACAACCAAGGGAAAGGCUAUUGACUUGGAAGACAUCAAAUUUCAUCAGUGUGUGCGUUUGGCUCGAUUUGAAAAUGACCGAACAAUUUCCUUUAUACCACCUGAUGGGUCAUUUGAUUUGAUGACAUACAGGCUCGGUACACAGGUUAAGCCUUUAAUUUGGGUGGAAGCAAAUGUUGAAAAACAUUCAAAGAGUCGGAUUGAGAUUAUGGUAAAGGCAAGGAGUCAAUUUAAGGAACGUAGCACUGCCACAAACGUUGAGAUUGAGUUGCCUGUACCUGUUGAUGCAACAAAUCCUAAUGUUCGAACUUCAAUGGGAUCUGCAUCAUAUGCACCUGAAAAGGAUGCGUUAAUCUGGAAAAUUAGAUCCUUCCCUGGAGGCAAGGAAUAUAUGUUGAGAGCAGAGUUUCGUCUUCCCAGUAUAACAGAUGAAGAAGCAACUCCUGAGAGAAAAGCCCCUAUAGGUGUCAAAUUUGAAAUACCAUACUUUACAGUUUCUGGCAUACAGGUUAGAUAUUUGAAGAUUAUUGAGAAAAGUGGGUAUCAGGCUCUUCCAUGGGUGAGAUACAUAACGAUGGCUGGAGAGUACGAACUACGGCUUAUUUAA